AUGAAGCGGCGCAAUGCGGACUGCAGCAAACUCCGACGGCCGUUGAAACGGAACCGAAUCGCCGAGGGCAUCUACGGCAGUACCUUCCUGUACCUGAAGUUCCUGGUGGUGUGGGCACUGGUGCUGCUGGCCGACUUUGUGUUGGAGUUCAGGUUUGAGUACCUCUGGCCCUUCUGGCUGUUCAUCAGGAGUGUCUAUGACUCCUUCAGAUACCAGGGCCUGGCUUUUUCAGUGUUCUUUGUGUGUGUGGCGUUUACAUCAGAUAUCAUAUGCCUGCUCUUCAUCCCUGUGCAGUGGCUGUUCUUUGCUGCCAGCACAUAUGUGUGGGUGCAGUAUGUCUGGCACACAGAAAGGGGGGUCUGUCUCCCCACUGUGUCGCUGUGGAUACUCUUUGUUUAUAUUGAGGCAGCUAUAAGAUUCAAAGAUCUGAAGGAUUUCCAUGUGGAUCUGUGUCGUCCCUUCGCAGCACACUGUAUUGGGUACCCAGUGGUGACGCUGGGCUUUGGCUUCAAAAGCUAUGUGAGCUAUAAGAUGCGCCUGCGGAAGCAAAAGGAGGUGCAGAAGGAGAACGAGUUCUACAUGCAGCUCCUCCAGCAGGCCCUGCCACCCGAACAACAGAUGCUGCAGAAACAGGAGAGAGAGGCAGAGGAAGCUGCAGCAGCCAAAGGUAUCCACGACACUGACUCCCCUCCCGUAGCUCAGAACGGCUCAGCCGGCGGCAAGAAACCCACGUCCAAUUCGUUACCGGAGCUGGAGUACCGAGAGAAAGAGCGAGGCAAGGCCGAGGGCCGGGAGUCCAAGAAACAACACAACCAGAACCAGAACCAUCACAGCAGCGGUAGCAGUAUCCUGCCUGCUGUGGACUAUAAAGCACAGGAGCUGGAGUACAUGGAGAAUCACGUGAGCAGUAAGAGACUGAGCAGCUCCGAGCUGCUGGGCAGCACAGAGAAUCUGCUACUGAAAGAGGACAACUCUUCAUCAUCAUGCUCAUCAUCCUCUUCUAACUCCACCUCCUCAAAAAAUUACAAAAACGCCAGUGGGGGGGGCGGAGUUGGGGGGAACUCAUCGCCCCGCGGACACGGGACCGCCAACGGCAGCGUGCCCUCCUCCUCCAGUGGGCCAUCGUCAUCCUCUUCCUCAGGCAAGGGGGAGAAGAAGCAGAAGUGUGGGGGUAAAGGAGCAGGUUCACAUCGAGAUCCUGUGGAGAACUGCAUCCCCAAUAACCAGCUCAGCAAGCCUGAGGCGCUGGUCAGGCUGGAGCAGGACGUAAAGAAGCUGAAGGCGGACCUGCAGGCGAGCAGACAGACAGAGCAAGACCUGCGCAGCCAGCUGGGCUCCCUGGGCAGCUCCGAGCGCAGCAUACGCUCUGAGCUCAGCCAGCUCCGCCAGGAGAACGAACUGCUGCAAACCAAGCUCCAUAAUGCUGUGCAAGCAAAGCAAAAGGAUAAACAGACAUUGGGGCAGUUGGAAAAGCGUCUAAAGGCAGAGCAAGAGGCGCGAGCAGCAGCAGAGAGGCAGCUGGCAGAAGAGAAAAAGCGUAAGAAAUUGGAGGAGGCCACAGCAGCCAGGGCUGUAGCUCUAGCUGCAGCUUCCAGAGGGGAGUGUACAGAGUCCUUGAGGAGGAGGAUCUCUGAACUCGAGACUGAGUGUAAAAAACUUACACUGGACAUAAAAGUCAAAGAGGACCAGAUCCGUGACCUCGAGCUCAAAGUCCAGGAGCUGCAUAAGUAUAAGGAGAAUGAAAAGGACACAGAGGUGUUAAUGUCAGCCUUGUCAGCAAUGCAGGAUAAAACCCAGCACUUGGAGAACAGUCUGAGUGCUGAGACCAGGAUCAAGCUGGACCUCUUCUCUGCUCUCGGUGAUGCCAAGAGACAGCUGGAGAUCGCACAAGGUCAGAUCCUGCAGAAAGACCAAGAGAUAAAAGACCUGAAACAGAAGAUCGCAGAGGUGAUGGCUGUCAUGCCCAGUAUCGCUUAUUCAGCAGAUACCAGCAACAUGAACCCGGUCACGCCUCACUACUCCUCCAAGUUUAUGGACACCAGCCCCUCUGGCCUGGACCCCAACGCGUCCGUCUACCAGCCCCUCAAAAAAUGAAUACGCGCUCCAGCUCACAACUCACCAUCCAUCUCUCUCUCUCUCUCUCUCUCUCUCUCUCUCUCUCUCUCUCUCUCUCUCCCUCUCUCUUUCUCUCUCUUUCUCUCUCUCUUUCUCUCUUUCUCCCUCCCCCUCUUUCUUGCUCUCUUUUUCUCUGUGAUCAGUUUGUUUCUCUUCAUAGGCCCAGAUCCGGCCCUUCUUCGGCAUGUCUGAGGCUCAGAAUGUUUUGGGAUUUUUUUUUUUUUUUUCCUUCUACUGCUACUUCUCAACUGGCCAGAAGGAUGUUGUAUUGUGUGACUGUAUUUGUUGUAGUAAAAAAAAAACAAAAAAACAAAAAACAACAACAAAAGACAAAAAAAGAAGACUUUUAAGGGAUGUCACCUGUCGAGUAGGAAAUUGCUGUUGGUUUUUUUUUUUUUUUUCUUCUUCUUCUUGUAAAUGUCUAGAAACCUCACAGAAGUUGGCGUGCUUUUUUUUUUUUGUGCAGAAUUGGCUCACUCUGUUUUGGUCCCUCUACAUUAUUUUUGGCCUUUAAUAAUUAUUAUUAUUAUUAUUAUUAUUAUUAUUGUUACGUCCAUAAAUUGGAGAAGGGGACAAGUCUCAGGUCUACAGCAUAAGGUCCUUUGAAGCAGGAAUGCUCGACGAUCUAAAUUUUUGAUAGUUUUGUUUAGGAAAGUGAGCCCCCCUCCCCCUUAAUUCAAUUGACAUGAUGGCGUCAAAUUUUGAAACAAAUUAGCGCAUGUUAUUUUUCUCACAUCUUUCUAGAAACGCUCCGUUCUGACGAGGUCCCAAAGCACAGCACUAGUCUAGUAGUUUUGGACUGAGCGAUCGUAGAUAACCAGUGCCUUUAGACAGGACCUCAUUGGUGGAACUGAAAGGCCUUGUCCCCUUUUUAAAGCCUCAACCCAGCCCCCAUAUAUACUCGUGAUCCUUUGCAGCUGUCAGAAGAUCAUCAAAAGAAUUGUCAUUUCAGCGCCACUCCUGCAUCUUUCUGACUUUGGAGCGUUUGAUUUGAAAUCUUGUUUACAUCUAUUUAUUUGGCCUACAUUGCACUGUUGAAUCAAACUAUGUUUGAAAGUAGCUUAGAAGGGAAAAUGGGGUAAAUUUAGGUGGAUGUCCUGCAACGUUCAUGUACAUGUUGAACACAAGCAUGUGACCCGAUUACCCCUGAAAUUUUAUUACAUUGGCCAGUCAAUUCUCUGUACCUGAUGGAUGCUAAAACAGUUAGUCCAGUGCCAAGUAGCUAGGCCUGUAAUUUUGUUCUGUCCUGGUUUGGAAUGCUAGGAUAAUGUGCUGCGUCCCAGAAGCAGCCGACAAAACUGUUGAAUUGUAUUUUCUAGUUCAGUGUCUUGGUAGCGGAAAGCUAUUUGAUGUUGUCACACGGUGGCACCAUUGUGCAUAGGAAAGUGUUGGGACUUGAGUUCUCAGUAUUUCAUGCUAAGGAAAAAGUGUUAAGGAGAGAAUGUCUAAAUCCGGAGCCAGCUAUCAACCCUCUUUCUCCAGAUCCUUUUGACGUUCCAACCAUAUAAUUUUAAGCCUGUGGUUGAUUCUGUCAGGCUGUUUUGUUGGCACUAGCUGCAUGAUUACAUGCUCUUUGCUGUAACCCGCUGCAUCUGUAGCAUAUUGUCAGAAGAAAACCUUGUAUCUUCAAAACUUUACAGGAGAAGGAAAAAGCAAACUUUACUUUGAAUGUAAGUCAAUGGAACCAGACUUUUCUCCCAAGUCAUUCUGGGUCAUUUCCUUUAGUCCAUUCAUUGUGAAACUUAGACAAUGUAAAGGGUAACGGGUGCUUUCAAAUCUUAUCAAAAACCGAAAACGUCAGAAAUGGAGAUAUGAGAUUUUCUUCCGACAACAGUGAUAUGCUCAUUUAUCACAGGCAAUAUGACAAAUUUUCCUGUAUUUAGUAAAGUAAUACACUAAUAAUGAAAGCCAAAGGGCAGGUGCUGAAUUAUUAUAUGCUACAAAUGUGAAGCAGUUCUGGAAUAUUCUAUUAACUACUAAUGCAAUGUGAUGCCCUUUAGCUAAUAAGCUGAUUGCCAAGUCCCUGCCAAGCUAAAGUAAUUAUAUUAGGGCAGGGAACAGGCUACAAUGUGCAGGACAAGGGGGACAUCAAUGCCAAAAGUUGGGAACCACUGCUUUCACUCAUAUAUUCUAAGAUUAGAACCCUCAGCACAUCCCACAGUUGACUGUUAUUAAAAAUGGGGUUCUUUUAAGCGUUCUUCAGUAAAGAUAAUGGUUCUAUGCAGCCACAAACAUUUAAAGAACCCUUUGCAUGCUUAAAUGGUUCUUUGCAUGACGAAAUUGUUCUUCAGAGUGAUGGAGAAAAGGGUUCUCUUAAUGGUACAAGCUUGACCUAGGAACGGUAACAGAACCGUUUUUGGUGCUGUAUAGAACCCUUUUCAAAAAGGCUUAGUAUAGAACCAUGUACAGCGCAUUCACCAUCAAGCAGAAGAACAUUUUUGCCAUGCAAAGAACCUUUUAAGCAUGCAUGUUUUCAAGGUUCUAUAUAGAAAGAACCCUAGAUGAACCAUAUUUAACCGUGGGAAGGAAAAUACAGUUCUGGAUUUUGUGCCAACUUCACCAAGUCCAUAGUUCUUCUCAAGAACCGUGAAGAACAUUAGGUAGGAAGGCCCUGAUCUGGCCAACAAAGCACCCUCACUCAAAAUCUAGAGUUCUAGAUAAUUGGACUUGAUGCCACAAAUCCAGGGUUUCAUGCUUGGAACAGAAACUAUAGAAGGAUCUAGAGAAAGAAGGUUAGCUCCCGAUUUGACGACACUUUCAAGCCCAUGAAAAGUAAACUUCUUGCCCGUCGUAUUACUGUUUCAGUGCUACAGGAUUGGAAUAGCCUGAGUGAGUCUCUGUGGUGUUAUUAUAGUGAUCAGCAAUGGUUGUUGUUUUGAGCGUGAGUGUGUAUGUGUGUGCGCGUGUUUAAAUUAUGGUGUGAGGGAGAAGGUUUAUUUUCAGCAAAGACUGCGAUGUGAUUUGGCCCCGGACGUGUUCGUAGAACGCUGGUGUCACAUGGCAGACAUGGAAAGCUGAAGUGAACCGAAGAAGAAGAAAGCACUUGUUUGUGUUCUUUGCCCUACGUCACCUCUCCCUCUUUUCUUUCUUCAGACCUGACCGUGGCUGCAUUCUGACUCUGUGAGGUUUUUUGAGGAAUAAAAAGGUUUUUUUUUCUGGCA